AUGCUCACCUUUGAUGCACUGGUGCAAGACAUCAUUCAGAGACGUGGCAAGCUCGGUACCAAGGAGGGUGCCGAUUCCGUCCAGGACUACCACGAGGUGUGGGCCGCCUUUGCCAACUAUGUGCGGGCAUGCAUGGAUCAGAGGCGGGGACUCCAACUCAGCAGCUUCUGCAAAAUCGGCUGGACCAUGCUGAAGAAGCUAGGCAAGACCUCCUACCGGCCGUAUUUCCACUUCUCAGACGCGUUCGUGCGUGCCUACCUCUCGCAGGAGGCCGCGCGGAAGCACACGGGGCAGGUGCCCCAGGGUGACCUUUGCGCCUUCGAGGACUUCAACUUUAGUAAGGCCGCUCUGAAGUUUUCGAACCAACUCACGAAGGACCAGGUCUUCACCAUGCUGCGGGCAUUGAUACAGCGCAUGGGCGAGAACAUCUCAGAGGGCAGGGAGAUGGACAUUGCUCUGGGCGAUUUGGGCAAGUUUGUUUACCGUAGUGAUCGAGAUCCACGAUUUCUGUUUGCAGCAGGGUUCUACAAGGAGGAGGGCGUGCCGCCGCCCACGGCAGAGCCCACAGUGCCAGGGGCCCCCGCUUUCCGCAAGGAGGCGCCGCAGGCCGCCUCCCUGGGGGUGCGCGGCGCCCAGCCAGGCGCGGCGCCCACUCCGCCCAGGGCUGCUCAGACGCAGCCGGAGGUGAUGACCAUGCCUAUGACACAGCCGGAGCUGCAGUGCUUCGAGGGCGGCGCUCCGCGGGCAAUGGGAGAGGGGGAGAUGGAGAAGUCGGCUGUGCCGGGGCUGACAGCGCUGCAGUUCAAGAAAGAGAUCGCUUUCAAGGAAGCCAUGGAUAGACAUAUUGCAGCAAUGGAGGCACACGCGCACGAAGCCGUGGCAGAGAAGGAUGCUUGGGACAGCCACGUGAGCGAGUGCCUGCUGCAAGAGCGUGAAGAGAUCCAAGCUCGCAAAGAGAGGAACCACAUGAACCUGCAUUUCCUGAAGCACCAGAUGGCUCUUGGGGAGCACAAGCGCAAAGAGCAGAGGAAGGACGACAUCGAGGCUGCCUCAGCUCACGACUUCCCAGCCUUCUCAGAGGUCCACCCAGACGAGAUGAAGGACUUCGUCAAGGGCCAGCAGGCGAAGGUGCGAGAAGCGCUGGAUGACCAGGUGCGUACCAACAACACCCUCCGAAACCUCGCGAAGCAGAAGGACCUCGCCUUGGAGCUAAACCAGCUCCAGGCCAACCGCGAGGAGCUGGCGAUGCUGCGGAAUGCGGAGCGUGCGAAGAAGGCCUACGACAAAGAAGCGCUGGCCACGGCAUGGAAUGCAGAUAUCCGCAUGAAGAACAUUUGGAAGGCCAUCGACAACCACAGCAAGGUGGCCCCUAAGGGGCCUUCCAAGGUCACCCUAGAUGAGUCCCUGCCGCCCUCACGCGCCGGUUCCACUGUGUCUGCUGGGCGGAUCAUGACGGGCUCCGUGCGCCGGACCCCGCUGGGCUGCUCCACUUCCAUGAGCCAACUGGAGGCGCGAUCCAAUGGCAAAGGACUCUACUAA